AUGGGUGUUCUGGGAAGCAACGGUUUGAUCGAUUGGGAGUCAGAGUCAUACCCAGUGGCCAUUGACUUCAUUGCCGUUCCAUUCUUUGCUGUAUUCUUCCUUUCAGUUAGAUUUGUUCUUGACAAAUAUGUCUUUGAGUGUUUAGCCAGAAGAUUUAUUUUUGGGAAGGGGUAUGCUACAGUGGAUGUUGGGACACAUGGAAACAGGAAGAAAGUUAAUAAAUUCAAAGAGUCUGCUUGGAAAUGUGUUUAUUUUCUUUGUGCCGAGAUUUUGGCUCUUUAUGUUACAUAUGAUGAACCCUGGUUCACGAAUACUAAAUAUUUUUGGGUUGGACCUGGAGAUCAAGUUUGGCCUCAUCAUAAACUUAAAUUCGAAUUGAAGGUAUUGUACAUGUAUGCGGCUGGGUUCUACACAUACUCUAUAUUCGCUUUGGUUUUCUGGGAAACCAGGCGUUCAGACUUUGGAGUAUCCAUGGGUCAUCAUUUUGCAAGUGUCCUUCUCAUUGUUCUGUCUUACAUACUGAGGUUUGCUCGUGUUGGUUCUGUUAUUUUAGCGCUGCAUGACGCAACAGAUGUGUUUAUGGAAAUAGCAAAGAUGUCAAAAUAUAGUGGCUAUGAAUUGAUGGCCAGUGUUUUUUUCCUUCUCUUUGUUCUCUUUUGGACCAUACUUCGCAUCAUUUACUACCCAUUUUGGAUACUUAGGAGCACAAGCUAUGAAUUUCUUUUGACCUUCGACGAGGAAACGCUAUUGGUGGAUGGACCUAUCUAUUAUUAUAUCUUUAACACUCUUCUCUUCUUCUUGCUUGUUCUUCAUAUUUAUUGGUGGAUCUUGAUGGUACGGAUGGUAGGUGGGCAAAUCCGAGCGAGAGGCCAAGUUAGUGAUGAUGUUCGUUCAGAUUCUGAAGGUGAGGAUGACCAUGAUGAUUAA